AUGACUCUUAAUUAUAAUGCUAUUCCAUUUGAAAUGAAUCAAUAUCAACCAUAUAUGAAUUCAAAUUAUGGAUAUGAUCAUUAUCAACGGCAAAGUAAUGAUGGAAUUAUAUUGACAACACCAAAACCAGAUUGGAAUCAAUUGAUUCUAUCAAAUUUUGAAAAGAAUUUUUACAUAGAAUCACCCAUUGUUCAACAUCGAUCUAUGGAAGAUAUCCAACAAUUUUUAUCAAAUCAUCAAAUAACUAUUGAUGGUAAUGCACCAAGACCAGUAUGUAAUUUUAAUGAAAUAAAUUUUCCAGAUCCAGUGAUGGAAACAAUUAUUCAAUGUGGUUUUCAAAAGCCAACAGUUAUUCAAUCAUGUUCAUGGCCAAUAUUAUUAUCUGGUCAUGAUUUAAUUGGUAUUGCAUCAACUGGUUCAGGAAAAACAUUAGCAUUUAUUUUACCAGCAAUAAUUCAUGCUAGUCAUCAAGAAUUUGUUAAACCCGGUGAUGGUCCUAUUGUUCUUGUUAUGGCUCCAACACGUGAAUUAGUACAACAAAUUUAUACAGUUGCACAUCAAUUUGGAAGAUUAGCACAAUGUCGAACAACAGUUAUAUUUGGUGGAGCGGCAAAAGAACCACAACGAAAUUCAUUAUUAGCUGGUGUUGAAGUAGUAAUUGGUACACCAGGCCGUCUAUUAGAUUUUAUUGAAGAAGGUGUUUUAAAACUUGACCGAAUAACAUAUCUUGUAUUAGAUGAAGCUGAUCGUAUGCUUGAUAUGGGUUUCGAGCCACAAAUUCGUCAGAUUUGUGAACGUAUUCGUUCAGAUCGUCAAACAUCUAUGUUUAGUGCAACAUGGCCAAAAGAAGUUCGUCAAUUAGCAAAUAAAUUUUUGUCAACUAAUCGUAUACAUAUAACAAUUGGAAAUGUAAGUUUAGCAGCAAAUCCAAGUAUUUGUCAAAUAAUUGAAGUUUGUACAGAAUCACAAAAAGAAAAUCGAUUUUUACAAUUACUUCGUGAAGUAAUGGCAUUACGAGAUGCUAAAACACUUGUUUUUUGUCAAACAAAAAAACGUGUUGAUGAAAUUUAUCGUACGACGAAACAACUGGGUUUUCCUGUACUUUGUAUUCAUGGUGAUAAACAACAAUCACAACGUGAUUUUACAAUGGGUGAAUUCCGUCGUCGACGUAAGAUUAUUUUAAUUGCAACAGAUGUUGCUGCUCGUGGUCUUGAUAUUCAAGAUAUUCAAUUUGUUAUUAAUAUUGAUUUUCCAAAUCAAACUGAAGAUUAUGUACAUCGUAUUGGUCGAACAGCACGAAGUACUGAAUCUGUUGGAACAUCAUAUACAUUUUUUACAUCUGACAAUGCUAAACAAGCACCAAGUUUAGUUCGAGUUUUACAAGAAGCUGGACAAAAAGUUAAUCAAGAUUUAAUGGACAUAGCUGAAGAUCAACUAUAUACAUCGGGUUCUAAACAUGGAUCCAAAAAUCGAAUAUAUAAUAAUAAUCAACAACGAAUACCACUUCAACAACAUCAACAACCUCAACAACAACAACAGCAACAACAGCAACAACCAACAAAUACUCUUCAGUCCUAUCCAAUCUAUCAACCAGUUCAAUAUAUUCCGUCAUUUACACAACCAGUAAACUAUAUUCCAUCUCUUAUUUAUAAUUAG